AAACAGGUGGCGUAUUGCAAGUGCUGUUAACAACAUGAAACGAUGACAAGGUUUCCGCUUUAUUGGAUGUCCUCCCUGUGACUCCCACCAGCUCAGCAGCAACCACUGAUGGCUCUGGAGGAAUCCUCUGUACUGGAGGCACAGCUCAGCCCAGAAGGCGGACGGCAGGGCUCUAAGGUGCCCAACAAGAAAAAGAAGAAAUGGAAAGGAAAGGCAGAGGCAGAGGCACCUGAGGAACCUGAGAAGGAAGGCGAGGUGCCCUUGAGGAAAGAAGCCAAGAUUGAAGACCUCACCAAAGCUGGCCACCAGGCCCUGCAGCUUGGCGCCUUUGGAGAGGCCUUAUCAUGCUUCAAGAAGGCCUUUGCCCUCUCCUUGGAAACCUCAAGUGCUCAGGCCCGGAAGGUGUGUGCUUUCAACUUGGGCGCCGCCUACGUGGAGGCCGGGAAGCCAGAGAGGGGCCUGGAGUUCCUCCUCAAAUCCCACUCUGAGGAAGGUGAAGCCGGGGAGCAUCUCGGGGACCUUUUCUUCAAUGUUGGGGCAGCCCACGAAGGCCUGCGGGAUUUCCCUAAGGCCUUGGAGUCUUUCCGCAAGGCCCAGGAUCACUACCACUCGGUCCAGGCCGGCAGUGAGGCCAGCACCUACAUGAAGAUGGGCUACUGUUACCUGGGCAUGGAAGACCCUUCACGGGCCGCCCAGUGCUUCCAGGAAGCUGGCCGGGCCUACGUGGAAGUCGAGAGCCUAGAAGCCGCCGCAGUGGCCCUCAGCAAAGCCGGCAACUAUAUGCUUCAGAGCGGAGAGCAUGGCGCCAGCGAGAUCGUCAAGGUGUUGAACGAGUGCCGUUUGCUGUGUGAGCAUCUCUCGAACAAAGCUCUGCUGGGAAAACUCUAUAAUGACAUUGGGCUCUGCUUCUCCCAGCUCAAGAUCUUCUCCUUGGCAGCGGAAAGCUUUGAGAGAGCUCUUCCACUUUGCCAAACCGAUGCUGACGGCCGGUGUGAAGAAGCAGUUGUCCUUCAGAACCUUGGGGCUGCACAUAACACCCUUGGGAACUUCCGGAAGGCUCUGGGGUUUCACCGGAGGGCCGCCUCACUACACAGUGCCCUGGGAAACAGGAGAGCUCAGGGACAGUGUUUUGGCAACUUGGCCUAUGCGCUGAGCCAACUGGAUGACCACGAAGCUGCUGGGGAACAUUAUCUUCAUGCACUCCAAGCUUUCAAGGACUCAGGUGACCUUUCAGGCCAAUGGCAAGCUUAUGAAGGGCUUGGGGCAUCACACGCUCACCUGAGAGACCCUGGCAAAGCCAUUUUGUAUUACAAAGAGGCACUUACCUUGCUCUCUAAAUGCCAGGAUGUCUCAGGAACAGCCCAGGAGCGAAUUGUGAACAAACUUACAGAUGCCCUCCAGAACAAACUGUCUAUGAACAGCAAUUUCUUCCAUGGUGGGGGGAUUGUUCCGUCUGCUUCCAUGAAACAGCUUCCUUCAUCACAGACCUCAAGCCAGGUUCGAUUUGCUAUGUUGCCGCAUCGUAAGAAUGAGAGCCUCCCUCCCACGCUGUGCCAUGCCAGCGAAUCCUCUGUCACACAACAAUGCCACCAGGCGCAGCCCAUAGAAGAGCAGUCUGCACCGGCUCCAUGGAACCAGAGAUCUCAGUGGGGGGAAAUGGUAGUCCCUCAUAGCAGCCAACUGAAACCACAGCAGGCUGCCCAUGGAGCAUCAGUGUUGGUUGCUGCAACACAUGGAGACAGGAUCUCCACUCCUGGAAUUCCGAAUGGACGUGCCAUGUUUGUCAGCAGUAGCACUGAAGACACCAAGCAGCCCAUGGGGACUUCUGCCUGUCGCAACCAGACACAGGCUAACAGCAAUCUCAAUGCUUUUCUGCACCUGGAUCCCUCCUGCCAUAGCUGCUUACAGAACAGGAAGUCCCACCAUUCACAACUAACAGGCCCCCACGAGUGUGAGUCUGGUCAACUGAGAGCAAGGAUCUUCGAGAGGUAG